UAUAUCACAGGAACAAUGCAAAACCUAAAGUUGGUAACUGUUGGAGAUGGUGCGGUUGGUAAGAGCUGCCUUUUGAUCUCUUACGCAACCAAUUCUUUCCCGGCUGAGUACGUACCAACAGUGUUUGACAACCACUCGGCCAACGUUAUGGUGGACGGAAAGCCUGUCUGUGUAGGUCUGUGGGACACAGCGGGACAGGAGGACUAUGACCGUCUACGACCACUGUCCUAUCCACAGACAGAUGUCUUCUUCAUUUGUUUUUCCAUAGAAUGCAGAGGAUCCUUUUUAAAUGUGGCAGAGAAGUGGGUUCCAGAAAUUAGGCACUACUGUCCAGAUACGCCUAUCGUAAUCGUUGCCUGUAAAAUAGAUUUGCGACAUACAAGCUCAUGUGACUUGGUGACAACUGAAGAAGGUGCAAAAGUCGCCAAAGAUCUGGGUUUGAAAUACCAAGAAACCAGUGCGUUAACACAGGAGGGCCUGAAGGAUUGUUUUGAUAAUGCGAUACGGGAAGCCCUGUGGUCAUCACCGAAGGAAGAUAGAAAAUCUUACGGAUUUUCUUUCGGAAGAAGGAAGAAAACAGUACCCCUUCCUCCAGUGAUGCCCCCAGCCGGCAAAGCACCAUGGAUUGAAAUUGAGACAUCAAUAUUUGCACAAGAUUGGAUGGCGAUGCACGAGAACCCGGCGCAUGCUGACGUUACAUUCGUCGUUAAUGGACAACACAACCUGGACGCACAUAAGAUAGUUUUGUGUUCAGCAUCAAAAUAUUUCAGACGUGUCUUUGGAAUGAUGACAUCAAAUAAAAGCGAACAGCUGAAACAAAUAGAAUCCUUGAGCAACUUUAGCAUGGAAGAUCUGAACUCUGGACUUGUCGAGGGGAUUACAGCGGUAUAUGACAAGGAAAGCACUGAUGAUCAACGCCAUCGUCAUACAAUGGUGGAACUCAGUUCCGAUAUCAGACCCAAAACAUUUGUCAGAGUUUUGGAAUUCCUCUACUCAGGUAUGCCCCGAGUGACCGACGAUGAGGACGAGAUUGACCAGGAAGACCUAGAUGACCUUAUCAGGGUAUCCAAUAUUUUCAAAUUGCCGAGACUGAAAGAAAUUUGUGAAAAUUGUCUUACCGAACAGGAAUUCCUGAAUCCAAGUAUAGGUACUUACCUGAAUGAUGAGACGGGACAAAAGAUGAAAGAACUCUACUUUAAUCAACCUGAAAUGGCUGAUGUUGCUUUCAGGGUAGAAGGAAGAACUGUAUACGCACACAAAACUGUCUUAAGUGCAAGGUGUAAAGUGAUGGCGGCCAUGUUUGGAGGUCACUUUGUUGAAGGACAAUCUACGAUGUCUGAGGUGGAUAUCCCAGGUACCUCCGCCGAGUGUUUCCUGGCUCUGUUAGAAUACCUGUACACAGAUCAUUCACCUAUUGAAGAGAUCGAGGUGGUGGGACUAGUUGUUCUCUCGGAUGAAUACGGACAAAAACGUCUCUUGAAUCUGUGUGAAUUAUACAUCACCAAAGAAGUCGAAAGAAAUGUAACUAAAAACAUAGAAAAAGCAGAGAUUGAUGUCAUUGGACUUUUGCACACAUCACAGAAUUACAAUGCAGAACAACUAUCAGGGUGGUGCUUGCACUUUAUCUCAACAAACUACACAGCAUUCCAGAAUCGGAGGGAAUUCUCGUCAUUAAAAGGAAAAAACAAAACAUACAUUGAAGAAAAUCAGUGGCCUCCUGUUUCUUACCUACGCGAGGUGGAACAGUACGAAAAGAAAUGGAAAUCAAAAGGAGACAAAUGUUUCAUUAUGUAAAAUUGUGCCUUAUCAUGAUAGUCCUAUUCUGACUAGUGGGAUAAAGCCCAGAAACAAUUCUGUCUGUAUACUCAUUUGUUCCCGAAUGGUGAGGUCUUAUUCUUUGUAUCAAAUGGUUGAUGUUCUGAACCAUAUGUCAUAACGUUAGUGAAACAUUUUAAUCAUUAAAUCAUUAAGACAGAUAACACCUGUAGGUGUGUAGUAGAACGAAUGAAUGAACGAAUGAAUGAAUGAAUCGGUACGGCCUUUAUUUAUUUUAUCUUUGUUUAUCUAAAAUGUGUAACAGAGCAUCGUUAACUGCAUGGUGAUUAUUUUACGUACACAUUGUUUUUGGAAGUGUUGUUUAUAUCAUGCAAGACCAGUUAAAAUAUAUUAUGUUUUUAUUAUUAUGUAAUG